AUGCCCGUAAACUUUUUCCACGAGGCGUGGUCAUACGUUGGCGUUGCGGCGUUUGUUGUCAUACUGCGUUUUUGCUUGAAGCUUUAUCAUGGUGGAUGGCGCCAUUUGGCUUUGGACGAUGCACUCAUGUUCUGCGCUUUACUCUUCUAUGCAGCAGAAACGUCCGCCGCGCAUAUGAUUGUUUCGUGGAAGGGUCUCGGAAACAACAAUAUGACCCCUCAACAACGCGCAUCUUUGGACCCGCACUCUGAGGAGUGGAGCACCAGGGUCAAAGGAGCCAAAAUGAACAUUGUAGGGUGGUCCACAUACACAACUUUGUUUUGGCUGUUGAAAAGUUGUUGGACAAUCUACUAUUCAAGAUUGACGAACGGAGUCAAUCACAUGGACAUGAGAAUCAAGCUAUCUUGGGGCUUGCUUGGAACGACAUUCAUCGCGUGUUUUGGCGUAAUCAUCUUUCAGUGUCGACCAUUUCACAAAAACUGGCAGAUCAAUCCAAACCCAGGAAAUGUUUGCCAGCCGGCGUACUCCUUCCUCCAAGUUUGUUUCAUUAUGGCUCUGAACACUGUUACAGAUCUGUAUCUCAUGGCUAUCCCUAUUCCGAUUAUCUGGAAAGCACGGCUCGACAAGAAGAGAAAGCUACAGCUUCUCAUUCUAUUCAGUCUUAGUUGGAUUGUCAUCGUAUUUGGUAUCAUACGCUGCAUCACCCUAGUAACAACUGGCGAAUACGAGAUAUCUCAAUCCGGCCCAUGGUCCGUCCGCGAAUCUUUCCUCGCCGUCCUCGUCUCCAAUGCCCCCGUGGUCGUCCCGCUCUUCAAACGCUGGUUCCAGGACAUGACUGGUACAGCGACUUCGCACUUCAGAUCCGGAAAGAGUGACUCCUACCAACUCGACUCACAGAAUAAGGACAGCAAGUCUGGAUCGCAUGCGAACUCAACCUCGAAAGACGUCAAGAAGAAGAAAAAGUUUCAUCAUCCACUUAGCCUCCCGACAAAUACAAAGUGGGGAAGUGAUGAGGAUAUU